AUGUGGACUUAUUUUACCAUUUUCAACCUGGGAGGACCCUCAGGAGACAAGGCGGGGGGAACACCCCCCUCAGGCCGCCAUGGCCGCGCGGGGCACGCCGGGACUUGUAGUCCACCCAUCGGACGUGACGGGCCGUGCGCGCCCUCCCAUUGGCCGCCGCCGGUGCGCGCGAGGCGGGCGCGCGGCGGAAGUGUCGCAGCCCGGCACGUGGGGCCGUUGGGCGGCGGCUUUGAACGGGCGGCGGGGCCGGGCCGGGCCAUGGAGGCGGCGGCGGGCGGGCAGCGGGCGCUGCUGCGGCAGGUGCUGGGCUGGCGAGUGGCCGCCGCCGUCACCUGGUCCGUGGUGCUGCUGCCCGUGUGCACCGCGGCCUUCAUCGUCCUCAGCGGCCUCGACCCGCUGCACCCCGUGCGCUGGAUCUCGAAUUCUUUCAGUGAUUUGUAUACUUCCUAUGUCAUCUUUUGUAUCUUCCUCAUGUCUGUGGUGCUAAUUGUAAUAAGCAUCUUCAACGUUGAAUUUUAUGCAGUUGUGCCAUCAAUACCAUGCUCUCGAUUAGCACUGAUAGGAAAAAUUAUUCACCCUCAGCAAGUCAUCCAUUCUUUUGUUCAUGCUGUGAUGGGAAUGCUGGUGGCUUGGUGUGCUACAGUUAUGACAAAAGGCAGGUUCCAGUUUCUUGCUGUGUCCUGCACGCCUUCAGAAAGCCUAGAUGAUGCUGUUCCUCAGACGUGCCUAAACGAGUAUCACCUCUUCUUUCUACUUUCUGGAACUUUCUUGGGAUACAGUUAUAGCCUUUUCUAUCUUAUCAACAAUAUGAAUUAUUUGCCAUUUCCAAUCAUACAGCAAUACAAGUAUCUACGUUUCAGAAGAUCUUUGCCUCUCCUGAUCAAACACAGUUGUGUGGAAUCAUUAUAUUUUGUUAGAAACUUCUUUGUUGCAUAUUACUUUUUUGGUUAUAUCCCAAAGGUUUGGAUAUGUACGACGAUGGAUCUUCAUACAGACAGUAAAUUGCAUCCUCUUGACACUCUGAGUGGCUUAUUGGAUGUCUCCUUGUUUUACCAUACCUGGUUGUGUGGUGUGUUUCUUCUGAUGACCUGGUACAUUGCAUGGUUGCUCUUCAAAAUCUAUGCUACAGAGGAAAUCUCAUUGUAG